AUGAAGCGAACAGGCAUACAGCGAGAUGUUCUCGCGUUAUAUAGACUUUGCUUGAGAGAAGCUAGGAAGAAGCCAUCGGAUGCAAGGGAAAAUUUCCGCAACUUUGCCAGGGACGAGUUUCGGGCGCACCUCGAUAUCAAGAAGAAGGACUUUGCAACAAUUGAGCACCUAUUAAGACUCCUGUACGUUUAUCUUCAAUCUCGCGCCAAGUAG